AACCGACCACACCUCUCCUCCAGGUCCUCGGCCCUGACACCGGCCAUGCAGUCCAUGCCAUUGCUCCUGCGCCAAUCGCUACGGCCUAGCCUACAAUUCACUCGCUCAACCGCCCGACCGGUGCAAGUGCCUCAUCUCCGCCCGGCACCUCCGGGUGCUUUUCCCGCAAGGCCGACGACCCGGAGCUUCUCUGUCUGCCUCCAAUGCCAAUUCCGCCGGCUGCCGGGGUCGUACUCCCCUGUCGAUGAGAAGGAUAAGACCGCGGCGGAGAUACAGAGGAUUAUUCAGACUUCGAACCAGGCUGUUGCGCCUGAAGGUGUGCCCGACUCAGAUGCGGCUGCGGGGACCCCUCGUGCAAGCUCCACGGAGGCUGAGGUGCCUCCAGCGGGAGAGACGCAGAUAAACAGUUGUGAUAAGGUAUUAUUGGAGGGACUCGAAGUUGAGCAGAAGGAAGGAAAGACACAGAACACAAAUGCCCAGGGCGCGACGAGCGGAGGGUUACCGUCCUAUCUGGAGAACCAUCGGUCACAACUGUCGAAGCAAUUCACUACGAUGAUGGAUAAUCUACAAUCCAACGUCUUUGUAGCUGGACAGCGUUUGAAUGACCUGACGGGCUACUCCGCCAUCGAGACACUCAAGAAGGACAUUCAAACCCAAGAAGCCCGUCUCCGCACAGCUCGCGCACAUGUUCGCAAAGCAAAGGAAGACUACACAGCCGCAAUCAACAACCGCUCCACCUCCCAGCGCGAAGUCAACGAGCUGCUCCAGCGCAAGCAUGCCUGGUCCCCAACAGACCUGGAACGGUUCACCCUGCUCUACCGCAAUGACCACACCAACGAAGUCGCCGAGGUAGAGACACAAGAGGCCCUGUCUCGCGCAGAGCGUGAGGCUGAAGAAGCCGCCGCAUCACUGAACAAGAGCAUUCUCUCCCGUUAUCACGAAGAGCAGGUGUGGUCGGACAAGAUCCGCCGCAUGAGUACCUGGGGUACAUGGGGUCUGAUGGGCAUGAAUGUGCUUCUCUUCUUGAUCUUCCAGAUUGCCGUUGAGCCGUGGCGUCGCCGCAGACUCGUCAAGGGUUUCGAGGAUAAGGUCGUUGAAGCGUUGGAGAAGGAGAAGAACAUGAACCGUAUUGAAGGCGGUGUUUCUUCGUCUGCAGCUCCCGCUAUUCUCCCCGAGGUCAUCGAUUCGACCGUCGAGUCAUCCAUUGCCUCAAUUGAGUCCACUACCGCCGAGGCUGAUGAGCCGGCUGUUGUCCCCGCGGUUUCGCCAGUUGGAGCUUCUCCAAUCGAAGUAUCUCUCUCUCCCGAACCGAUUGUUGAGCAAUCUCUCUACUCUCGCCUUGCUGGCAUUACCACCUCACCAAUCUCUCUUGGCUAUUGGCGGCAGGUGUUUGAUGAGUUCUUCAGUGAGCGCACCGUUGCUAUCUCCCAGCGUGAUCUCACCGUGGCUGCUAUGCAGAGCGCCGCAGCGGGUGCGGCUGUGGUGGGCCUGGUGAUUGCUUUGGUGAGACCUCGGUAAAAGGACUAGCCUUGUUUAUGCAUACGGGAUUGGCGGGACUGUGUCUUUCCCUCCCUUACAAUUCUGAUAUUGUCAGUUCUUUACAUACUCAUAUGAGUCCUUUGGCCAAUCAUGUACAGACGGAGAGAUAGAUCUAGGUGGGUGUCAAGACUCACAUGUACUAUACUUGAAAGCAUUUCCUUUUGUGGGGUACUCCCUAUAUAACGAAUUGGUCGAACGUCAUGCGAGGCCUACGAGAUUAUAGCGCAUAUUUUUUAUCUUAUCGAAAAGCGAUUUUGAUGA